AUGAUUGCAAGAGCUGUUGAAGUAGUUGCCACCACUGAUACCACCCCUGCAACAAGAAUAGCGAUUGUAAAAGCUGUUGAAGCAGUUGCCACUGCUGAAACCACCCUUCAAACAACAGCAGCCACCGCUGCCGCUGCUUCCUCCGUCCCCGGCCCUGCGGCACUCAACGGUGCCGCCACUGCUACCGCUGGUCCUGGCGAAGCAAUUGGCAAUGGUAGAACAACGAUUGCAAGAGCUGUUGAAGUAGUUGCCGCCGCUGAUACCACCCCUGCAGCAGUAGCAGCCACCGCCGCCACUGCUUCCUCCAUCCCCAGCCCCGCGGCACUCAACGGUGCCGCCACUGCUACCGCUGGUCCUAGCGGAGCGAUUGCAAGAGUUGUUGAAGCAAUUGCCACUGCUGAUACCACCCCUGCAGCAGCAGCAGCCACCGCUGCCGCUGCCUCCUCCUUCCCUGGCCCUGCGGCACUCAAUGGUGCCGCCACUGCUACCGCUGGUCUUGGCAGAGCGAUUGACAGAGUUGUUGAAGCAGUUGCCGCCGCUGAUACCAUGCCUGCAGCAACAGCAGCCACCGCCGCCGCUGCUUCCUCCAUCCCCGGCCCUGCGGCACUCAACGGUGCCGCCACUGCUACCGCUGGUCCUGGCAGAGCGAUUGGCAAUGGUAGAACAACGAUUGCAAGAGCUGUUGAAGUAGUUGCUGCCGCUGAUACCACCCCUACAGCAGCAGCAGCCACCGCCGCCGCUGCCUCCUCCGUCCCUGGCCCUACGGCACUCAAUGGUGCCACCACUGCUACCGCUGGUCCUGGCGGAGGUUCGCUGGCUUGUUACGGAGGCGAUGGGCUAGCUGUUGAAGUAGUUGCCGCCGCUGAUACCACCCCUGCAGCAGCAGCAGCCACUGCCGCCACUGCUUCCUCCAUCCCCGGCCCUGCGGCACUCAACGGUGCUGCCACUGCUACCGCUGGUCCUGGCGAAGCGAUUGCAAGAGCUGUUCAAGCAAUUGCCACUGCUGAUACCACCCCUGCAGCAGCAGCAGCCACCGCCGCCGCUGCUUCCUCCGUCCCCGGCUCUGCGGCACUCAACAGUGCUGCCACUGUUACCGCUGGUCCUGGCGGAGCAAUUGCAAGAGUUGUUGAAGCAGUUGCCGCUGCUGAUACCACCCCUGCAGCAGUAGCAGCCACCGCCGCCACUACUUCCUCCGUCCCCGGCCCUGCGGCACUCAACGGUGCCGCCACUGCUACCGCUGGUCCUGGCGGAGCGAUUGCAAGAGUUGUUGAAGCAGUUGCCACCGCUGAUACCACCCCUACAGCAGCAGCAGCCGCCGCCGCCGCUGCUUCCUCCAUCCCCGGCCCUGUGGCACUCAACGGUGCCGCCACUGCUACUCCUGGUCCUGGCGGAGCAAUUGUAAGAGCUGUUGAAGCAGUUGCCACUGUUGAAACCACCCUUCCAACAGCAGCAGCCACCGCCGCCGCCACCUCCUCCGUCCACGGCCCUACGGCACUCAACAGUGCCGCCACUACUACCGCUGGUCCUGGCGGAGGUUCGCCAGGUUGUGAAGGAGGCCAUGGGCUGUUGGGAACAACGAUUGCAAGAGUUGUUGAAGCAGUUGCCGCUGCUGAUACCACCCCUGCAGCAGCAGUAGCCACCGCUGCCGCUGCCUCCUUCAUCCCUGGCCCUGCGACACUCAACGGUGCCGCCACUACUACCGCUGGUCCUGGCGGAGGUUCGCCGGCUUGUUAA